GCAUAGUUGUUUGACAGCAGUUCUUGUAAAAAAAGCCCUUGCACGCACCAUGUCUCUCAUCAAGUCAUUCGCUCUUUUGGCCUUGGUGGCUCUUGCCGCUGGUCAGGUCCAGAUCAAGACCAAAGCCAAGAAGUUCCAGCCCGCUGUUGCUCAAAAUAUCAUCAGCCGAGAAGUUUGCGGUGAUGUGUAUGAAACUGGCACUGGAGGAAGCAUCAUUUCGCCCAACUAUCCAACUGGCUACAACAAUGGGGACUCUUGCGGAUGGUUUUUGACUGCUGAAAAUGGAAAUAGAAUUGCCGUCGUCAUCCACGAUCUGGAUACCGAAUCAGGUUACGAUGUUUUGACAAUCCUUGAUGGUGUUACUGGAGAGUCACCCGUCCUGGUUGAACUUUCGGGACAAGCCUCCAACUUUGCCGUUCUGUCCACUCAACCUUCCAUUUUCGUCGGCUUUACCUCUGAUUCCUCCGUCAACGGUCCUGGAUUCAACGCAAGUUGGACUCAAGUCAACCCACAAGACAACUUGGAACUUUUUGGCCUGUAAACUACACGACUCUGUCGACUCCUGUUAACCCAAGACUGUAAUUUACGUAGAAUGCACAUUCAACAUCACUUUGCGAAUUCUACUGCCAAAAAGACAUGUUUUGUAGCGAGAAAGAAGUUAAAAUAAAUUUAACAAUAUUUAA